AUGAUAUCAAGUAUUCAUUACCAGGUUCAUCAUGGAAUGGUACUGCUUAGUGAUGGUAAAGGUCGAGGAAGGCCAGCACGGCUUGAACUUACAAAAGAUGUGCUAAUAAUUCAGAUAACUAGUGGAGGUGGUCACUCUAACGAUGUUAGGGAUUCGUUGGUAGAACCUGACACUGGUAUUCGAAGGGUUAGAUUGCGUAAGAAAAAUAACUCUGGAUUGGGACUAUCAAUAAAAGGUGGUAGUGAUGGAAACCAGCAAGUUCCGGUGGUAAUUUCAAAAAUUUUCGAAAACACUCCCGCUGAAGAAUGUGGUCUUCUUUAUGUUGGCGAUGCUAUUGUUGAAAUUAAUGGACAACUUACUGAUGGCAAAACUCACGAUGAAAUCGUACAGAUUCUACGAGAUGCAGGAGAUGACGUGAUCCUAAACGUCAGACAUUAUUUGCAGAUUGCUUCAUACCUAAUGCCAUCUGAUUCACUCAAAACUCGUAAUGUGAGCGCUUUUGACCGUCUUUAUGAACCGAAUACGUGGAAAUGUUCACUAAGAGCGCAAUCAUCAAUUUUAUCCGAUGGUACGCAAAACUUACCAACAGGCAUUGUUGCGGAUGAUUCUUCAACUGGUUGGAAAACGAUGGCAAAGAUUCCAUUACCCAUGGCUUUUAUCACACGUUAUCUUUGGGGAACUGAUAAGCUUAGAAACAAUGCAUUUGAAGUUCGAGCCGUGGAUGGCACAUCAACAGGUAUUGUGCACUGUGAAGAUAAAAGUACUUUAGAACAGUGGAUCAAGCACAUUCAGAAUCGUAUCACAUCACUAAAUUGCAAAUCCAUAAAACUAUCUAACAAAUAUUUGCAUAAAAAUGAACAGAUUACUUAUAUUGGUUGGAUAAGUGAGCGGCUACCAGAAGAGCAUUUCAAAGAUCCUCGCCAACACUGGGAACCACGUUUUAUUAUCUUGAAAGGAGGAGAAAUUUGCAUUUUUGAAUCUCCACCUCUAAAUUCCGAUGAUCUAAACAAGUGUGUUUCACUGUACAAAAUUUACGACACAGCUUUGAAAGUAGUUAAUCGUGAUAAGCCAAAGUUUGAUAAACGUGAUUAUUGUUUCUGGAUUGAAACAUCUGUAAAUGGCUUGAAGCAUUACAUGUCUGCUGAGAACCAUCUUCAAUUUAAUCAGUUCGACAUUGCUUAUCAUCGUUGUUUGCAUAACACUAUCAAAAAUUUACAAACUCGUACAUUCGCCUGUAUUUAUGAUGCACGUCCUAGCGGUUUGGUAAUUGAUAUCAAGCAAGGCAUAAGUUUAUAUGAUAUUACUACAAAACGUUAUUCUUGGCAGUAUCAAUUUUGUGAUUUGGAAUCAUCAUGUGAUGAUGGAAAAAUGCGAUUAAGACUUAUUUUUCGAGAUGAACGAGACUCCUCCAAUAAUGAUUCACUAAUUAAAGACAUUGACAGUGAUGAACUUCUGUCGAUUGUGUACACACUGCAUGCCUUUUAUAUAACGAAAGUGAUUGGAACUGAUCCCGAUUAUCUGAAAACUAUUCCUCUCACCUAA